ACCACGCUCGGCCCCCUCCCUCCCCGCCACCACCGUCCGCGUUCGGCCGGCCGCGGGGAAGGAAGAAAGGAGCGAAGGAGGCGGAGGUAAGACCCGGCGCCCAGCAGCCAGAGCAAGCCCCAGGCCCCGGGCUGAGAAACCCGCAAGGCCGCCACCCGCCGCCCAAUUCUGCAGAUCAUGCUUGCGGGGAGCCGCAGGCUGGGCCCUGAGCGGAUCGCCCCCUCCGGGACCUAGGGCCCCUGUCGCGGCAGCCUCCGCCCCCCGGACCCGUCGACCGGUCCAGGGUCGGGCCCUCAGCCUCCUCCUCCCUGGGGAUCUCCAGCAUCCAGGCUCCCAGACCCCUCCUCCCCUUGCUCUGGAGCCCGACCCCCUCCCCCAACCCCCUCCUCCACCUGGAUCCCGGAACUCUGUGUCCUACCUACCAGGCGGUUAGACCACCCAUCCCAUCCAGUCCACACCCAGAAGUCCAGACCCCAGGUCCUUCCUCCCCCAGACCCAGAAGUCCAGACCUCAGCUUCAGACCCAGGGGUCCAGACUCCAGCCCUCCUCCUUCAGACCCAGGGGUCCAGGCCCAGCCUCCUCCCUCAGACCCAGGGUCCAGACCCAGGGGUCCAGGCCCAGCCUCCUCCUUCAGACACAGGGGUCCAGGCCCAGCCUCCUCCUUCAGACCCAGGGGUCCAGAUUACAGCCUCCUCCCUCAGACCCAGGGUCCAGCCCCCAGCCUCCUCCCUCAGAUUCAGGGGUCCAGCCCCAGCCCUCUGCCCUCAGACUGGGAGUCUGAGCUCUCCAAUUCCCUGGCGUCUGCAAGCCCCUGCCUCUGGGUGCAGACACUCCAUUUCCUGGGCCUCAAGACUUGAAAUCCCACCCCCUCCAUUUUGGCCCCUUGGGGGCUAGUUUCUGGCCUCUCCCAAAAAUCCCACCGUAGGGCCCUUGAGCAAAAGCAGCUGGCUGACUCUCUGUCUCCUCUCCUGUCUCCCGUUGUCCCUUCGGUCCCUGCCUCGACCCUCCCACUGGCCUGGUCUGCUUGCACUUUCUGCCCCUGGGUCUCUAAACCUCUCCCUUUCCCUCUCCUGGAUGCUCUCUCCAUUUGUGCUUCUUUGCUCCUCUUGUUUCUGAUUUUCCUGACUCUGUCCCAUCUCUGCUUCUGAUCUGGGUCUGUCUGCCCGUCGCUCACCUCUGCCCACCUUCCUGCCUUCCUCCUCCGUCCCUCCCCUCUCCCUGGGUGAGCGCUGACCCGCUGUCCCGCCUUUGCCUGUCUCUGUGGCUGCCCCUCUCUGCCACACCCCACAGACCUCCCUUCACCUCUGCCCGCCUCUCCCCUUUUUCCCCACAGACAUGGAUCCGCAGCCCCCUCCACCUGCCCAGGGCAGCCCACCACACCGGGGCCGGGGCCGGGGCCGUGGCCGGGGCCGGGGCCGGGGUCGUGGACGUGGCAGGGGAGGCGCUGGAGCCCCUCGGGCGCCCCUGCCCUGCCCCACAUGUGGCCGCCUCUUCCGCUUCCCUUACUACCUCUCCCGGCACCGGCUGAGCCACUCAGGCCUCCGUCCCCACGCCUGUCCCCUGUGCCCGAAGGCCUUCCGCAGGCCUGCCCAUCUCUCCCGCCACCUGCGAGGCCACGGGCCCCAGCCCCCGCUGCGCUGCGCCGCCUGCCCUCGCACCUUCCCGGAGCCCGCCCAGCUCAGGCGCCACCUGGCCCAGGAGCACGCGGGCGGCGAGGUUGAGCUGGCCAUCGAGAGGGCAGCCAAGGAGGCGGCCGAGUCCAGCUGGAGCCCUCAGGAGGAGGGCGCAGAGCAGCCAGCCACUGCAGUGGCCGCGGCCGCGGAGGAGGAGACAGCGUGGCCGGAGUCGUGGCCUGCCGGGGAUCCAGCCCCACUGGCCGCCCCCGAGAGCGUCGAGCCCCGGGAGGCGGAGGCGGAGGAGGCCGAGGCUGGGGCAGCCGAGCUGAGAGCCGAGCUGGCGCUGGCGGCCGGGCGGCAGGAGGAGAAGCAGGUCCUGCUCCAGGCCGACUGGACGCUGCUAUGCCUCCGCUGCCGCGAAGCCUUUGCCACCAAGGGCGAGCUCAAAGCGCACCCGUGUCUGCGCCCCGAGGGCGAACAGGAGGGUGAAGGGGGGCCCCCGCCACGCCCCAAGCGACACCAGUGCUCCAUCUGCCUCAAGGCCUUCGCCAGGCCCUGGUCCCUGUCGCGCCACCGGCUGGUCCACUCCACGGACCGCCCUUUUGUGUGCCCAGACUGCGGCCUAGCCUUCCGCCUCGCCUCCUACCUCCGCCAGCACCGCCGCGUCCACGGAGCGCUCAGCCUGCUGGCCCCGCUGCCCGGGGCGGGCAAGAAGGACGACAAGGCCUCAGGUGGACGGAACUCGGGGAAAGGGCCUGAGGGGGGCGAAGGGGCCGAGUGCGGGGGUGCCCCCGAAGGGGGAGAAGGCGGGCACAACGGAGGAGACACCGCCCCAGCCCGGCCCCCAGCGGGGGAGCCCCGCUUCUGGUGUCCCGAGUGCGGCAAAGGUUUCCGACGCCGGGCACACCUGCGGCAGCACGGUGUGACCCACUCGGGGGCGCGCCCCUUCCAGUGCGUGCGUUGCCAGCGGGAGUUCAAGCGGCUGGCGGACCUGGCCCGCCACGCGCAGGUCCACGCUGGCGGCCCGGCCCCGCACCCGUGCCCCCGCUGCCCACGGCGCUUCUCGCGAGCCUACAGCCUCCUUCGCCACCAGCGCUGCCACCGCGCAGAGCUGGAGAGGGCGGCAGCGCUGCAGGCGCUCCAGGCCCAGGCCGCGCCUUCGCCCCAGCCACCUGAGCAGGAUGCGGAAGGGCUCCCUCUGCCCCUCUCACACAUCAAGGAAGAGCCACCCUCCCCCGGGACCCCACCCCGGUCCCCUCCCGCUCCCCCCGUCUUCCUCAGCGCCUCCUGUUUCGACAGCCAAGACCACUCGGCCUUUGAGAUGGAGGAAGAAGAGGUAGACAGCAAAGCGCAUCUGCGCGGCCUGGGGGGCCUGGCCUCCUGACCCUCGUACCCACCCUCCGCCCCUCCGUUCGAGCUCUGGGUUCGCAGUAUGGAGGAGGGAAGUUGAAGGAGAGGCACCUCCUGUCUACCCUGCCCCAAGCCCUUGACACUAAGGAGAGGAGGCCCUGGGCCACCCACCGUCCCCAUUGCCCAUCCCUAGACCCCUGAUGCCGGUUAGGAACCGAUCGCCCCGACCCAUGUCUUAAGGCAGAACCACUUGGAAAAGGAGGCGGAGGACAUUUGGCCAGAGGGACUCAGACUGGUGGGUUUGCCCCAGCCUGCCUGUUCCCUGUGACAUACACUGGACACCAUCACCUCUUUGGAACUGCCAGACCCUGGGGGUUUCCAGUGAUCAAAGGUCUGUCCCUGUUCCUCUGUCUGUGAAUAAAUGUGAGUUCGUGAAA